AUGCUACAUCAAGGUCACGUUGGGCCUGACAGAUCUCACGCCAGAAUACCUAUUCAUGGAAUUGGUCAAAACGGCAGUUCCUUGGGAACAAGAGGAGUUGUAAGUUUGAGUUUACACUCAUCAGCGGAUCCUCAAUGUUUUAUUCCCAAUAAAAUCGAUAUUCUGCUCGGAUCUGAUGUUUUCUUCAAUAUCCUAUCGGAUGGUAAAAUCAUCCAUCCGUCAGGUUCGCCAACAGCUCAAAACACUGCUUUCGGGUGGAUACUCGCAGGAAACAUUUCUUCUGAUAGUCAGCAACAAUUUAAAAUCUUUACAACUGCGAUUGAUCUCGAUUAUCUGCUCCAAAGGUUUUUGGGAUAUGAAGACUUUCCAAAUAUCCACUCUUCGCAAUCCGACGUACAUGAGCAGAUCGAAAAUCACUUCGUUUCAACCCACUGUGUUCGGCCCGAUGGUCGAUAUGUAAUAAGGCUUCCAUUUAAAACGUCAACCGUUGAGUUCGGGAACUCACGGAAUGCGGCUCUUCGUGUCCUUCAUUCGAUUGAAAGGAGAUUUGUCAAUAAUCCUGAUCUAAAACAGGAAUAUAUACGAUUUAUGCGUGAGUAUGAGCUAUUAGGUCACAUGGCACCCGUUUCGCCGAGCGAAUUACAUCAGCCUUCCUUUUAUAUGCCUCACCACGCCGUCCUAAAACCCUCUAGCACAACGACGAAGCUGAGGGUAGUAUUCAACGCGUCUUGUAAAUCGAGUAAUGGCAUUUCGCUUAACGAUUGCUUGAUGGUAGGACCUGUCAUACAAAACGAUCUCGUGACCUCACUAAUAGGAUUUCGAAAAUACGCGGUAGCAGUAAAGUCGGAUAUUGCUAAAAUGUAUCGCCAAAUCUUGGUCAACGACGAUAAUACCAAUUACCAACGAAUUGUUUGCAGAGAGGACGUUAACCAAGAACCUAUCGACUAUCGUCUUUUGACUCUGACUUAUGGAACGGCUCCGGCAUCCUUUAUUGCUACCAGAGUCCUCAAGCAGAUAGUUAUUAACGGUUCAACAAAAUAUCCUCAAGCCAGCAACAGCCUAAAGUACCAUUUUUACGUCGAUGAUUACAACGAAGGGUUCUACUCGGUUGAAGAAGCGGUUCAAACUAAAAACCAUUUGUGUAAAAUCCUUAGGGAAUCGGGAAUGGAGCUUCGGAAAUGGGCUUCUAACUCGUCGACAUUCCUAUCAACAUUUGAAGCCGAAAGCCUCGAAAUUUUAAGUGACCUGCCAAUGGGUGACUCUAGCGUGAAAUUACUUGGAUUAGUUUGGGAUACUGAAGCUGAUAUCUUCAAAUUCAGUUUACAAUUACCGUCGCUACGAUCCCAAAUCUCCAAGAGGGAGGUGUUAUCUGAUAUCGCUCGGAUCUUUGAUCCACUAGGAUUGCUUUCGCCUACCGUAAUCAAAAUGAAACUUUUUAUGCAGAAGUUAUGGCUUAAAGGAGUAAGUUGGGAUUCGAUAAUUCCUUCAGAACUCUACGAGGAAUGGGCUGAUAUUAGGACUGAUCUAAAAAACAUUGCGUUGAUUCGUAUUGCUCGAUGGAUCCAGCAUGAAAGGGGGGAAUUGAUUGAGCUGCAUGGAUUCGCGGAUGCGUCUGAGUCCGCAUAUGCUGCAGCAGUAUACUGUCGUGUUAAAAGAACUGAUGGACGCGUUUGCACAUCGCUCGUUUGUGCUAAAACGCGUGUCGCACCAGUUAGAAAGAAGUUGACCAUUCCCAAGCUCGAGUUGUGUGGCGCUUUACUGCUAACCAAACUGCUUAGCAAGACUAAAGAGUCACUCUUCUCACAUAACAUCGAAUGCUUUGCAUACACAGACGCUUCGGCAGUGUUGCAUUGGAUCCAGGGAUACCCUCGCUCUAAAAACGUGUUUGUCGAUAAUCGAUUAGCCCAAAUUACUGCUGAACUACCGUCUUCAGUUUGGCAUUAUGUGCGUUCUGCAGAAAAUCCAGCGGAUUGUGGUACAAGAGGAAUUAUGCCCAAACAUUUGCCUUCAUUAAAUUUGUGGUGGAAGGGGCCGUUAUUCCUUCAAGAAUCUGAUGUUAUUUUCACGAAAUUACCCAAUUUAAAGCUAGCCGUCGAAGAAGCCGAAGUUUCUUGUUUCGCAAGCUCAGCCGAGCCUGAGUGGGAUAUUUUUCAAUGGUCUAGUAGCCUCAACCGACUUCUUCGCGUCGUUGCGCGUUGUAUACGUUUAAUUCGAAAGUACCGAAGGCCUAGGAGUACAUUGAAUAACUUGUGGCUGUCACCGAGUGACAUUAAUUCGGCCAAGAUCGCUGUACUCAGAUUAUCACAAAGAGCAUCGUUUUCCAAUGAAAUUGAUUGUUUAAUUCGUAACAAACCCGUCCCAGCGAAAAGUAAAAUCUUUCGAAUGAACCCGUUUAUUGAUGAAGAUGGUGUACUACAUGUAGGUGGUAGGUUGUCAAAUGCCGAGUUGCCAUUUAAUCAAAAGUAUCCUGUAAUCCUUCACACGAAGCAUCGGUUAACAGACCUCAUCGUUCUUGAUUGCCAUAUGCGAAAUCUUCAUGCGGGAAUUCGCCAAAUGACAUACUUAUUAUCUUUGGAGCAUUUUAUCGUCGAUGUACACCAUGCGGUAAAGAGAUGCAUCUAUAAAUGCCCAGAUUGUAUGAGACAGCGUGCUAUUCCCUUUAAACAACAGAUGGGAGAUUUACCUAGGCAGCGACUGGAACCAGGAUUAGCUUUCAACAACACCGGCGUCGAUUACGCUGGCCCCUUUAUCGUAAGCUCAUGGAAAGGUCGUGGUGCCAAGCGAUUUAAAACCUAUAUCGCCUUAUUCAUCUGCUUAGCUACCAAAGCUCUUCAUUUAGAAGCAGUUACGGAUUUGACCUCAGAAGCUUUUAUAGCUGCCUUACGACGCUUCGUUGCCAGGCGUGGCCGUUGCGACACCAUUUUCAGCGACAAUGGCACGAGUUUCGUCGGCGCCAAUAAUCAGCUUCGCGAAUGGUCCAAAGAAUUUCUCUCUGACCAAUUUCAAGGUGAUGUCACAGACGAAUUGACCACCCAGGGCAUAAACUGCUCCACAUUUCGGUGGUUUGUGGGAGGCCGGUGUCAAAACGGUGAAAUUUCAUCUCCGCAGAAUACUAGGCAAUACCAUAGUUUCGUACGAGGAAUUUACUACAAUACUUUGUCAGAUAGAAGCUUGCGCCAAUUCGCGACCGUUGUGUUCCCGUUUUGA